GAUAAAGAGAUAAACAUUUCUUAUAUAAUUAAUAAUAAAUGAGAUAUUUUGGUGUCAUCCUUAAUUUCGGACUCCCUGUAUUAGAUCUUCAAUGAAAAUUUUAUUGUUCAAUAAAAUCAACAUUUAUAUUUCUUUGUGUAUCUAAAAGAGAUCAUACGCACAAGUUCUACCUCUCUUAGAACUUACAGAAGUAUGCUAUUGUGCUAUAAUUCUUACUUUUAUUGUUGGAGAUAAGAUAAGAACAGGUAACGGAGAGAUUCGGUGCGUACGUUUUAUACUGGAACCAGCAUGGUUGGACAAUUAAGCUUAACCAUGAUAAUCAUGUUAAUUAUAAUUGAGCAUGCGAGAGGAGAAAGCUUAUGGUGUUUCGAUUGCAACACCGAUUUAAGCAGUGGCCAUACAAGAGAAUGCAACGAUCCUUACGUUCCUACACCGUAUUUUGACUUGGUCCUCUGUCCCCAGAACGAGUCUCAACAUUGUCUGAAAAGUGUAAUUGACUAUAGAGGUAUCUUGGUGACCGUUCGAGGUUGCGUGCCAUCACGGGAAGUCUAUGGAUACUGUCAUCAUGAAAAAUAUCCUGAAUCCAACAUCAUUUGCUCAUUUUGCAACGAUUACGCUUGUAACGCUCAACAGUCACUUUAUUUAUUUAUUCCACAUAGUAUAGGAUUCUAUUUCUCCUUAGUCUACCUGUCCAUUUAUCUUAAAUGAUAUCUAUCCAAUUAAUUAAUUAACCAGUAUUUAUCAUUUUAUGUAGAUUCUUCUAAACACUCCGUUUCAAUUUUCCAAAUGAAUAUGUUAUAAUUAACGUGUUAAAUGCCGGAGUGAAAACGAUGUAGAUACAUACAAUACAUAAUAAUUGUAAUUAUUUUACUUUCCAUUUGAUUAGUCGUGUAAAAUAUAUUUUUGUCAAAAACAAA